GGGAAACGCGACCAGACUUGCGAAAAUGGGCGGCUUGACAACAGUUGUGGCGCUCGUGAUCGCGAUCGUUGCGCGCUCGGCGUACAAGUCGUACAACACGCCGCUUCGAACCAUCUCGCCAUACGAACGCUACUUCUCGGAAGACUACUACCAAGCGCGCCACUUGUUCCGCGAGUCUGCGCGAUCCGCUCAAGCUGAUCUGCACGUGAUUCCGUAUCCCGUGGACGGCAUGUCGGAUUUAAGCAUCGACGUGGCAAUCGUGCGAGGGUCGCCAUCGUCGUUGGUUGUGCAUCUGUCAGGCACGCAUGGUGUGGAAGGGUUUGCGGGGAGUGCGAUUCAAUCGGCGUUUCUGUCGAACAAGACGCUGACCCAGUCGACUGCGUCCGCGCUCCGACCCACCAUUGCGUUUGUGCAUGCUGUGAAUCCGUAUGGCUUUGCAAAGUUGCGUCGUUGCAACGAGCACAACGUGGAUUUGAACCGCAACCACUUGACACCCGCCGAAUUCGAAGCUGUCCGGGCGCGCGACCCGAACCACCUUGGGUAUGUUGACUUAUCCCCUGUGCUGAACCCGGUGGUUGCGGAUGACUGGUCGUUCUGGACGAACUUUGCGCUGCACAUCCUUCGCUUUGGGUACGAAGCAGGGAAGCGCACGACCGUGGCUGGCACGUACCACGACCCGCGCGGUCUCUUUUACGGCGGCACCGAGCUCGAACCUAGCCACGUACUUCUUCACGACUUCUUUUCCUCUCGUUUCGACGUGGACGGGCUCAAAAACGUUGUGCUGAUUGAUGUGCACACCGGACUCGGCGCGACUGGUGAAGAUGCGUUAGACUUCAACCGGGCGGACGUCGGGCGGCGCAUUUUCCCUGAUCAAAGUGUGGCGAAUGAAGGCAAGGAGGCAUUCUCUGGUUAUGAUGGCGUCGUGGGCUGCGGUGUUCAUGGAUACGCGUCGACGUGGUUCACCAAGACUUCCCCCACCGUGCUCACGCUGCAGCAAGAGUUUGGGACUAUCGCUGGUCUCAGUGUACUCCGCGCGCUGCGCCUCGAGAAUGCACUAUAUCACCACGACCCAACUGCUCGCUUGGGUGCCGCUGCCCAAGUUCGCGAUGCAUUUUACCUCCACGAAGACCCCGAGUGGAAGGCAGACGUCGUCGUGCGAGGGACCAGCGCCCUGCAUCGCAUCGUGACGUACCUAGAGGCGGCAAAGCCCUUGGAGUAAGUUACUCUUCGUGGCCAUGGUAGAUUUCGAAAGGCGCGUUGAGAUUUUUGUCGAUUUUCAUGUUGAUUUUUCGCAAAACAGCAAUUUCAUCUCAAUAUAUGGCAUAUAUCGUAAAA